AUGAGAUUGAACAGCAAGAUCUCAAGCAUGCUGAGCGGUCAGCUGCCGUCGUAUUGCAUAAAGGAUACGAUUCAGUUUACAUUCGAUUUGGUCUACCUUGUAGAGCACCAAGUCGACAGUGGGCUCUCAUUUCGCAUGUUCGACAUCGAGUACGUCUUCAAGGGCGAGGAAAGCGGUGCGACCAAGGACAGGCUGUAUUGGGACCACUUCGAGCCGAGUCUCAAAGAGUCACAAAGAUUGGAGGUCAAAGCACAGAGAUUGCUGGAUCAGACGGACUUCUCUCUGGUCAGCGCGGCGCUCUCUCCUACGACGCCCACGGCGCUUUAA